CGGUGGGAGGAGGAGGAGGAGAGAACUGGGACUCGCCGCCGCCCCUCCUAUUUAAAACGCAUGGCGACAGCUCGCGGCUUCAAGACGGUUAGGAAAGGGAAGUGGGAAUCCAUUCCCGGCGCUGGUGGGAGGGGGGACGGGACAGCGAGGAGAGAGAGAGAGAGAGAGAGAGAGCGAGAGAGAGAGAGCCGAGCGGCUAUGGCUUUGGUGAUAUUGUAAUUCAUUCCUGAAUCAAUAGCCUGAAAGGCUGAGGUGGGAGCUAUGGUAAAGUAUUUCUUUGAUCUGUCCACUCUCAAGAGCUCAUGGGACCAGGUAGUGAUUGCAUUUUGGCAAAGAUAUCCAAACCCUUUCAGUAAACACGUAUUAACCGAAGAUGUUGUUUACCGUGAAGUGACAUCUGAUGGUAAACUGAUAUCUAGACGUCUUUUCACAAAGACUAACCGCCUGCCUCGCUGGGCAGAGAUGAUCUUCCCAUCUAACCUGGCACGCUCGGUCUUUGUGAUUGAGGAUUCUGUCGUCGAUCUUCAAGAUAAAACAUUUGCCACUUUAACAUGGAAUGUGAACCACACUCGUCUUAUGAUUGUAGAAGAGAAAUGUGUAUAUAGUAUAAAUCAAGACAAUCAAACGUGGACCCAAGUGCAGCGAGAGGCAUGGAUCACAUCAAACGUAUUUGGCUUUUCACGAGCAAUUCAGGAAUUUGGGCUAGCCCGGUUUAGAAGAAAUCAGAUAAAAGCAACACAAGGACUUGAAUAUGUUAUUACUAAUUUACAAGGGGAUCUGCCUUCGAGGACUUUAAUUGAAACGGCAAAAGAGGCUACAGGGAAAGCAAAAGAAACUGCGAUUGCAGCAACCGAGAAGGCAAAGGAUCUGGCAUCCAAAGCUGCUCCGAAAAAGUCUAAGCAGUUUGUUUGAGAUGGAGAAAAAUAAUGCAGGGCACAUUUUUAAUCUGUCUUGAACUCGAUAUAAUUUUUAAAAUUUAUUCCAAGCUUACAUCUGAAAUUUUGCGUGCUUCUCUAUAAACUGUCUUUCAACUUAUCUCAUUUCAAGGUUUACAGAAAAUCUUCCCUGAAAGUUUUAAGCGUUCUGAAAGGUGAAAAGUCUUUACUUAAAAUGUGCUGGUUGCAAUCAUCUUUCAAAGGACAUCCAGAAGAUUUCAGUAUGAUUUUCACCCCCCAACCCCCCUCAAGAUUUCAUUAGAAUGAAUUGGUUUUCAAUGUUUUGUUCCAAUUUAAAUUAUUAAAUGUAAUUUUACUCAAGUAAUAAAGAAAAAAAAACCAUGAAAUUCAAACAGGAUGUUGACUCUGGGGUUGAAGCUUGAUGAGUCUAGUCUUAUGACCAGCAGCAUUUUGUUAAGUGCUGAUAGAACAAGGCAUUCAAAUUCGUGGGACCCUUUUUUUUCUUUUUCGAUGCACAUUCAGUGUUAAACUGGUUGGGUGGUUACCAGUUUAGCAAGUAAAGAAAAUUAAUAUUUUGUUGUUUGUUGGUCUAACUUUUUAGUACUGUAAAUGAAGAUGCUGGAUUUUUUUUAUUCCCUUAUUCAUGAAUAAGUAUAAGUCAAUUGUUUACCUUUAAGAGGAAAUCUUUUGCCUCUCUGCCAGACUUCUCUGCCUGAAAUUUCACCUGCUCUUGCCCUGUUUGUGACACCAUUUUGUCUGUGGUCACUCAGUCCACGACUGUUUGUGGGACAUUGCUGUGCGCAAUUGGCUGUGGUGAUUCGCCCACAAAAUAUACAAUCCACUCACUUUACAGUACAUUCUGUGAAGCGCUUUGGGAUGUCUCAACAACGUAAUAUCAAUUUCAAGUAUUAUUAAAAUUUUAAGCCAUCACAGAUUUGUGAACAAUUCUUAAAUAUAGACUUAAUUUAGAAGCCAGUUUUCCACAGUUGUGAAAAGGUACCAGCUUCCAAACAAAGGUGGUAUUGUUCACAACUUUACUCGAUUUAAAUUUUCAGAGGUAAAGAAUGGGUGGAAUUUCAGGCCUCAGAAUUGUGAGUUGCAGAAAUGGCUUUUUACUUUUGAGAAUCAAUUUUACAAAUUAACGUUUCAAAGUGAACAGUUUGAGGUACUAAAAAUGAGUGUGUAUUUGAUCUAUUGUUUCCGCAUCAGUCCUGUAAUAACAUUUUUAUAUUUUGUAAUAUAAGGGAUUGUUCUAAAAAUUGCAGUCAUGAAGGCUCUUCAAAAAUGGCAAUUAUUUUGUAUAAAUCUUAAUAUUGAACAAA